AUGAGACAGGAGAGACAGGAGACGCUGUUCUUCGUCCUCUUUACUACCCGGCUGGCUACCGACCGAGAGCUGGUCGGUUUACUUUGCCAGUCAGAGGAAGUGAUUCUGAUACUGCAGUCAGGCAGGGUUACGAAAGCUACGUCUGCUGUUCGUCCUGAUUCAAGCCAAACAUGCGAGAUCUGCCUCAAGAAACAAACCUUCUUCGCCUCCUUUUUUGCUUCUUCGUCUUCAUCAUCAUCAUCAUCUUCUUCUUCUUAUUCUUAUUCUCGUCUCUUCCGAUCUGCCUCUGCUGCUGCUACGUCGGCUUCGACUUCGACUUCUCCUGACGGCAGCAUUGCUUUGACUGGAACCUGGCUUGCCGUAAUGUAG